CUGCUUCUUCCGCCGCAUCAGGACCGGUAAGCGUGACGAUUUUGCACGAUUUUGCCUGACUCGGGGUUGUCGUGCACACCGAGCGGCCCUCACAAUGGAGCAUCCACUGCGAAAUUAAUAAUGGACAUUUACCCAAAUGUUGAUUAUGCUGGGUGAGCUUUGCGAUUGUGACGUCACCGCACCUUACGUGCCAAAGGACGAAUGUCAAGACCCCUCACGAUAUGACGCAGAGCACUUCUGCAACACCAUCACAACGCGCUCACCCGAAAGUCAGGACGGUACCAAAUUGAUCAACAAUUUGAAUGCACAAAUUUCUUCAGGAAAUUAACAAAACAUCUUAAAAGAAACCAAGUCCGCGGAAUAUCUUUUUUUUUUUUUUUUUUUUUGGGGUGGACAUCUGAUAUUUAAAAGAAAAAAGAAAAAAGGAUGAGUUACGACAGAACACUCGUCAUUCUGAAUUGGACCGUUGCUGAAUUAUCUCACACAAACAACAGGGGGCAGCAAUAUCUCAAAAUUCCAUUCCUCACCGUGAGGAACAGAAAUAUUUCUGGAAGAAUCGAAGCAGUGAUGUCCGCCACUUUGUCUCAAAGCGAGCAAGAGGAGGACUACCGCUUCCUCCACAGCACCUUGAUGGAGAAAAAGCUCCACCUGCUUUUUAAGAUCCACGAGCGGCUGCGGCGCUUUGCGAAGCGAGGAGCGGCGCCCGUCCAGCAGCACGCAAGCGGUCUGGCCUCGCAUUUAUUUGAAGAUCUGAGCCACCAUAAUUGGAACCGGGACGUCCGAGAACUUUUCGCCCUCUUUUCGAAAGCUCACUUCAAGAGUCUCUUGUCCGUCCAUGACGCAGUAGCGCAGCGGGAUUAUGGGCCUUCUCUCCCUCCGGUGCCUGACGGCGUAAUCGACGACGACGAAGAUUCGGUCAAGAUUGUCAGUCUGGUCAAAACCAAGGAGCCCCUGGGCGCCACAAUUAAGAGGGAUCAAUCCACGGGCGCGAUUGUUGUGGCGAGGGUCAUGCGAGGAGGUGCUGCCCACAGGAGUGGUCUGAUUCAUGAAGGAGACCAGCUCAAAGAAGUCAACGGCGUGUCGCUGGAUCGCAGGAAGCCAAAAGAGAUUCUCCCUCUGCUGGCACACUCCCGGGACGACGUAACUUUCACAAUUGUUCCCGCCUUCUCCAAGCAAGAAGUGUCAUGGAAUAAAAAGGCGUUCGUCAGGGCUCUCUUUGACUACGACCCGCGGGAGGAUCCCGCCGUCCCGUGCAAGGACGCAGCCGUUUCUUUUAAAAGAGGCGACAUCCUCCAGAUCGUCGCCACGGAGGACGACACCUGGUGGCAGGCCCGCCGCGUGGGCUGCGGCGACACGCGGGCGGGGCUCGUCCCCUCGCAGCAACUCCACGAGAGGAGAGUCGCGCUACAACGACCCCAAACCUUGUUCCGGCACCGCCAGGUCAAGGCGGCAGAGGUUUAUGUUGAUGAUUCCCCCCCCACUCUCGUUUUUCCAGCCGAGGAGGAUGUUGACUAUGGAGCUGUAACUGGAAUCCGCGUCGCUGGUUCAAGACGAAGUUUCCGAUUGGGCAAGAAGAGCAACUGGGCCAAAGAAGCAGCUCGGUCCAGAAGGUGGAGUUCGGGAGUUGGUGACUCCGUUUGUCCUCCCACCUACGUAGAGGUCAUCCCAUACCGGAAAGCUCCCCAAGACAGGCACCAUCUGGUGGUUUUGCUCGGGCCCAGCGGCGUCGGCGUCAACGAACUGAAGAGGAGGCUCCUGAUCUCGGAUCCCGACCUCUACGGUGUCGCCGUACCAUACACCACACGAGAGAAGAGAAGCCAAGAGCGCGAAGGGAUGGAUUAUCAUUUCGUGCCCGUCCACAAAUUCGAAGAGGACAUUCUGAACCGCAGGUUCGUCGACUACGGCACACACAGAGGCCACUACUAUGGAACAAGUCUGGACUCGGUUUACCGGGUUUUAGCAGAGGGCAAAGUGUGCCUACUGGAUCUUCACCCGUGUAAACUGAAGCGUGUCUACACACUGGAAUUCAAACCGUUUGUGGUUUUUGUGAAACCGCCGCGUAUCGAGGAGUUGCGCCUCACCAGGAGAAGAGCAAAAUUCAUCUGCGAGGAAGAGGACUCCAACCAAGUCAGGAUGUUCUCAGAGGCCGAUUUUGAAGAUAUGAUCGAGUCGGCCGAAACCAUGGAAACCCAGCACGGUCACACGUUUGACGAGGUGAUCGUCAAUGGCGACCUCGCCACGGCCUUCGGGGAGCUCAAGGCGGCCCUGCGGCGGCUUGAGGAGGAAGACGUCCGUUGGAUUCCCACGGAGUGGCUUUGCUCCUCGCCGACCGAGGCGAGGAGGAGCUGCGGUCUCGUGGCCGGCUGGAUUUAAACUUGAGCUUACUGGGGAACCAUAAACAACCCCGGCAAGUCAUCCAGUGGAUUAGGGACCUGGCGGAACGCACGAGGGCAAAAAUCCGCCGCAAUUCUUGAACAAGUGGGGAUAAAACUCUGGUCGUGGGUUUUGUGGUAAAAAAAAAAGAAAAGAAAAACAUGAAAAAUAUGUGACCCCGUGGGGGCUGAACUGCAAGCAUGGGGAUGUCCACUGUGCAAUACUUUCUGCUUGUCGUUUCUGUCAUAUUUGAGAAGUUUUUCCAUUCAUAAACAAGGCCGGUGAUCAUCCCGGAAGAAUG